AGUUUCAAUUGUGUAUUUACAGUGUUUGACAUACGUGUCAGGUGUGUGUCAAAUAAUUUCAUAAUAAGCAAUAUAAAAAAAUGCUCCAAAUUUCAACAUAAUUUAAUUUCUCAAUCCUCAUAUUUGUGUUAAAUUUUAUAUAAAAAAUAUAAUUAAUAUUGAUAUUAAUUUAUCAAUAAAAAUUAAUAAAAACAUUUAUGUAUGAUGCAAGAUAAAAUAAAUAUGAACCCAAAAAUAUAAUCGGGGGUAUACGAGACUGGUGUGUUGGACCAAUCCAGAAUUGACGAGAUUGAAUCGAGAAUUUUCUUUUCUCAAUUUCACUGUAUUUAAUUCAAUGUUAUAAACGUGGGCCAAUGAGAUUGAGCCAACUGAUGUCAAGGCAACCAAUGAAAUUUAUCUGAUACUUUUGUGUUAUUUUACAUCGACCAAUCACGAUGAGACACGACGAUGUUGUUUCGUUAAUAUGCCGGCCGCCAAGUUACCAUCAUCGUCAGUCACUCAACAAACGCUAAACUAGUUAAAUUAUAUUGUGAAACGUGGUCAUUUUCACUGUGAUAUUUUGCAGUUAUUCUGCUUGAUUUUUUAAAUUGAUAAAGUGUUUAGAAAAAAAUUCAAUAUGAAGGGAGCAUUGGCUCUGAUGAUAAUUGGAUUUGUUGCCGUUUUGGCAACUGCCAACGAAGAAAAGAAAAAGGAGGACAUUGGAACUGUCAUUGGUAUUGAUUUAGGAACAACAUACUCAUGUGUUGGUGUAUAUAAAAAUGGACGUGUUGAAAUAAUUGCUAAUGAUCAGGGUAAUCGUAUUACUCCAUCAUACGUAGCAUUUACACCAGAUGGUGAACGUUUAAUUGGUGAUGCAGCUAAAAAUCAAUUGACAUCAAAUCCAGAAAAUACAAUUUUUGAUGCUAAACGUUUGAUUGGUCGUGAUUGGUCUGAUGCAACAGUUCAACAUGAUAUCAAAUUUUUCCCAUUCAAAAGUGUUGAAAAAAAUGGUAAGCCACAUAUUGAGGUCAAAACAAAAGAUGGUAAUAAAGUAUUUGCACCUGAAGAAGUUAGUGCAAUGGUAUUAUUAAAAAUGAAAGAAACAGCUGAAGCAUAUUUGGGUAAACCAGUAACUCAUGCAGUUGUAACAGUACCAGCUUAUUUCAAUGAUGCUCAACGUCAAGCAACAAAAGAUGCUGGUACUAUUUCUGGUCUUCAUGUUAUGAGAAUUAUUAAUGAACCAACAGCAGCAGCAAUUGCAUAUGGUCUUGAUAAAAAAGAUGGUGAAAAAAAUAUUCUUGUAUUUGAUCUUGGUGGUGGUACAUUUGAUGUUAGUCUUUUGACAAUUGAUAAUGGUGUAUUUGAAGUUGUAUCAACAAAUGGUGAUACUCAUCUUGGUGGUGAAGAUUUUGAUCAACGUGUUAUGGAUCAUUUCAUUAAAUUAUACAAAAAGAAAAAGGGUAAAGAUGUCAGAAAAGAUCAACGUGCUGUACAAAAACUUCGUCGUGAAGUUGAAAAAGCAAAGAGAGCACUUAGUGCAAGUCAUCAAGUUAAAAUUGAAAUUGAAUCAUUCUUUGAAGGUGAAGAUUUUUCAGAAACAUUAACACGUGCUAAAUUUGAAGAAUUAAAUAUGGAUUUAUUCCGUUCAACAAUGAAACCAGUACAAAAAGUACUUGAAGAUGCUGAUAUGAAGAAAAAAGAUGUUGAUGAAAUUGUACUUGUUGGUGGUUCAACACGUAUUCCAAAAGUUCAACAAUUAGUUAAAGAAUUCUUUGAUGGUAAAGAACCAUCACGUGGUAUUAAUCCUGAUGAAGCUGUUGCUUAUGGUGCUGCUGUACAAGCUGGUGUAUUAUCUGGUGAACAAGAUACAGAUGCAAUUGUACUUCUUGAUGUUAAUCCACUUACUAUGGGUAUUGAAACAGUUGGUGGUGUUAUGACAAAAUUAAUUCCAAGAAAUACUGUUAUUCCAACUAAAAAAUCACAAAUAUUUUCAACUGCAUCUGACAAUCAACACACUGUUACAAUUCAAGUAUAUGAAGGUGAACGUCCAAUGACCAAAGAUAAUCAUCCACUUGGUAAAUUUGAUUUAACUGGUAUUCCACCAGCACCAAGAGGCAUUCCACAAAUUGAAGUUACAUUUGAAAUUGAUGCCAAUGGUAUUCUUCAAGUAUCUGCUGAAGACAAAGGUACUGGUAAUCGUGAAAAAAUUGUCAUUACCAAUGAUCAAAAUAGAUUGACACCAGAUGACAUUGAAAGAAUGAUGAAAGAUGCUGAGAAAUUCGCUGAUGAAGAUAAAAAACUCAAAGAACGUGUUGAAUCACGUAUUGAGCUUGAAUCAUAUGCUUACUCAUUAAAAAAUCAAUUGAGUGACAAAGAAAAACUUGGUUCUAAAAUAAGUGAUGAAGAUAAAGCAAAGAUGGAAGAAGCUAUUGAUGAAAAAAUUAAAUGGCUCGAAGAAAAUCAAGAUACUGAUUCUGAAGAAUAUAAAAAACAAAAGAAAGAACUUUCAGAUAUUGUUCAGCCAAUUAUUUCAAAACUUUACCAAAACAGUGGUGGUCCACCACCAACGGGAGGUGAAGAAGAUGAUCUCAAAGAAGAAUUAUAAAUUAUAGACGAUUAAAUAAUUUUUUUUUUUUUUUUUUAUAUGUUUAAUUUAACUCAACGAAAAAAAAAUAAAAAGAAGAAAAAAAAAAAAAAAAAGUUCGUCUAGUAACCCAGACUGAAUUAUAUUAAAUAUAAUAAAUAAUUAAAAAAAAAAAAAAGCUUCCACAGGUGUCGAAUACCAAGUUACUUGGUACUUUGUCUUGUUGGAUAUAUAUAUAUUUUUUUUUUUCCUCGAAGAAGAGAUUGGACUUGUGAAAUUAAAUUUCACAUUUUCUUCUCGAGGAAAAAAAAAAAAAAAAAAAAAACAAGAAAGGCAAUUUAAUAGGGUCAGAAAAAAAAUAAAUUUGGAGCAUGGAGAGAUAAUCAUUUGUAUGAAAUGUCACACAUACAAAUUGUUAUUUUUUUUCGUUUUCAAAUAGAUACAUUUGUGACGUUAUCUUAAUUUAUUAUUAAUUGUUUUAUAACGAAUUUCAUAAUGUGUAAUUACAAGUUUUUAUUUUGUUUUUUUUUUCGUUUUUUUUUUUUUAUUUGAUGCUCGAUAAAAAAAUUAAAUAACUAUCAUUGUCUGAGCAGGUGAAAACAAGUUUAGAUCCAAUCAAUUCGAGAAUAUAUUAUACGUACAUUUGUAUGCCUGAAUGAAUGAAACAUGUGUGUGUUGUGCGACAUGUAUUAG